GCCGGAGCUGCGGGGGAGGGCGGAGAGCGGCCGCGUCCCCUCAGGCUGCGCGCGGGGUGGCCGUCCCGUUGCCCCCCGCCGCGGCGCCCCGCGCGCCACCCUAGGGCCCUUACUCCCGCCGCCCUCACGAGGCGCCGCCGCCCUCCACUCAGGCGCUGCUCGGCCACCUUGCGGGGGUCCUGCCGCGUCGCGGCGCGGAGGCCCUUUGCCGUACAGCAUGGCGGCGCUGUGGCGGAGGCGGGAGCGUCUCCUGAGAAUGCCAGGGCUGCGCCUUACGGAAAGAAUGAGUAUGACCUUGUGGUGAUUGGUGGAGGGUCUGGAGGCCUUGCUUGUGCAAAAGAAGCUGCUCAGUUUGGAAGGAAAGUGGCUGUUUUGGAUUAUGUGGAACCUUCUCCACAAGGAACGAAGUGGGGACUUGGUGGAACUUGUGUGAAUGUUGGCUGUAUUCCUAAAAAGCUUAUGCAUCAAGCAGCCCUUUUAGGGAGUGCCCUUAAAGAUGCCCAACACUAUGGCUGGAGUAUAGCCCAACCUGUUCAUCAUACUUGGUCUGUGAUGGCACAAGCUGUUCAGAAUUAUGUGAAAUCCUUGAACUGGGGACACAGAGUGCAACUACAAGACAAGAAGGUGAAAUAUCUCAACAUGAGAGGGAGUUUCUCUGAUCCACAUACAGUCCGUGGUUUAACAAAAGCAGGUAAAGAGACUAUUAUUACUGCAGAAAAUAUUGUCAUAGCUACUGGAGGAAGACCAAAAUAUCCUACUCAUAUUGCAGGUGCACUGGAGUAUGGAAUCACAAGUGAUGAUCUGUUCUGGUUAAAAGAAUCUCCUGGAAAAACGUUGGUUGUUGGAGCCAGCUAUGUUUCACUUGAGUGUGCUGGUUUUCUAACGGGCAUUGGAUUGGACACUACAGUCAUGAUGAGAAGUAUCCCACUUCGUGGGUUUGAUCAGCAAAUGGCAUCUUUAGUAACUGAGCACAUGGAAUCUUAUGGCACAAAAUUUUUGAAGAGAUGUUUCCCAACAAAAGUUGAAAAAUUGAAAAGCAACAGAUUGAAAGUUACAUGGAAAAAUACUGACCUGGGCACUGAAGAAACUGAUUCGUUUGACACGGUGAUGUGGGCAGUAGGCCGAGCCCCUGACACUGAAACUCUAAAUUUGGAGACAAUUGGAGUGAAAACUAAUUCUGAAACUGGGAAGAUCAUUGUUGAUGCCAGUGAAGCUACUUCUGUUCCUCACAUUUAUGCAAUUGGAGACAUAACAGAGGGUCGUCCUGAAUUAACACCCACAGCAAUAGCUGCAGGAAAACUGCUGGCUCGGCGUCUUUUUGGCCAGUCUUCAGAACUGAUGGACUAUGACAAUGUACCUACUACAGUUUUCACUCCCUUAGAAUAUGGUUGUGUUGGACUGUCAGAAGAAGCAGCUGCGCAGUGUUAUGGAUCAGAUAAUAUUGAGGUAUACCAUGCGUAUUACAAACCUUUAGAGUUUACAGUGGCUGAACGAGAUGCAUCUCAGUGCUAUAUGAAAAUGGUGUGCUUACGAGAGAGCGAGCAACGAAUACUUGGCCUUCAUUUCAUUGGACCAAAUGCAGGCGAAGUUAUUCAAGGAUUUGCUCUUGGAAUCAAAUGUGGUGCUACAUAUUCUCAACUAAUGAAGACAAUUGGCAUUCAUCCUACCUGUGCUGAAGAAAUUACCAAGUUGCACAUUACAAAACGUUCUGGCUUGGAUGCAACAGUCACAGGCUGUUGAGGUUAAAUACCAUCCCUGGAAAGAGGGAAAAAAAGCACAAAAUGUAUUUGUAAAGAAAAGGGGCACUUAGAAUUGAAACAGCUUUAAUUGUUCAAGUUCCGGGAAUCUUUCUCAUUCUCCCUGUAGACAGCUUUUUCUCACAGCCAAACAAAGAAAAUGUCCUCACAAGAUCACAGGUGUAAAACCAGUGCAGUUUUACUGUAGCAGAUCUCUUUCAGAGUGCCUCAAGUGCUUCUUGCUGGGAGCUGGUGAAUAAUCACAAUUUUUACAUGUAAGUAAGUAUAACUGCAGCCAGGGACAUUUGAGGCCAUCUACAGAUUUAACAGUUGUUAUUUGAGUUUCUCUGUUGGCAUGACUGACUGCCAACAGAGAUGUCUCACAUAAUAUUCAUACAGGUGCUAGGAACUGGACAGGACCUCCUUUAGAGUUUUGGUGGUGACACUUUCUCCUAAGUAUUUGGAUAGCUCAUUACCCAUCCUAAUCUUGAACACUGAGACUCUGUACUCACUAGUAGAAACAAGAUCCUGAAGUGUGUAACAAGGGUGAGCAGUCAUCCUUGAGUUUUCUCUUUAAUGUGUACAAGAAUUUAAUACAAAAUAGCUUAUCACUGACGCUGUGUUGCUAAUGGAUGGAUCCCAAUGGAUUAACAUUGAGGUGAUGGCUGAGAAUGAAUGAGCUCAGAGGUGCUAAAGAAAGAGUUGAAUUUUAUGGUGAUUUUUCUGCUUAUUCUUGAAAUUUCUAAUUCAGUUCAGUUCAAAUUAAAUUAACUCAUCUCACAAAUUACUUCUUGAACACCAUAAUCAAGCAAUGUUGAUAAGCAGAAUCAAAACCAGUAAUAAUGCAACUUGCAGCAUUUUCUGUUUUAUAGAAUUUGGAAAUCUGGCUGACACAAUGAUAUUAUGUUGGUUUAGUUUGAAGAUUUUCUCUCUGUCAAGCUGGAUGCAGCAUCUGAAAGGAUUUAGGUGUGGUUUUAAGAAAACUUAUAACUGAAGAGAACUAUAUUAAACAAUGAUCUAGAAAAGAAAUGAUCCUGCUCACAAUAACGAGAGAAAAUAAUUAUCUGCAAACUUUUUUUUUGUAUUGGCCAGAGUACGAAAGCAUUAGAUUUGCUACAAAUUUCUGCUCAUUUUCCUGCUAUCCAGAAGGGGGAGAUGCUGGCUAAUUUGUGGCAGUAAAGGAAGAGCAAGCCGAUAGUGAAGCUGCUUUUGCAGAACCCUGUUAACUAGGUAGCCUGACAAAGGCAAACGCAAAACAAACUACACUGAAUUUCAUUCCAAGUUGCAGUUGCCAACAUUUUGGUAUGUGGAGUCACGUAGUUUCUUGCACCCUUUACAGCAGAAUAGUGCAUGUGGAAAAAAAAGAGAUCAUCUUGAGGCGAAACAAAAUGCAUCGGUUUUGAAGUUAAUUUAUAUCACUGUUUUUGUGUGGAAUUUGAUGUGUUCAUAGCUGACCUUCUUCAUGUUGCACAAUUUGAAAAAUAGUCAUGUAUAUAUAUUUGCUGGUUUUCAUUUGAUUACUGUUUCAGUGCUGCAGUAUGCAACAGACACCCAUUGUUUUCUUUCAAGUGUGAAAAUUUUUUUACCACAAGAAUUGUACAUGUACAAUAAUAGAGAAACUAUUAGACAAAAAAUGAUCAGAACUUCCUUAUAAAAUAUGAUGUAAUAACAUUUAUCAUUCUAAUACUAGAGUACUCUAUUUUCAAAGAUUAGUUCUGACUUAACUACAAGAGAAAUCUUAAAUGCUUUCUUUAUAAAGUUUUUUGGUGUUUGGUCCGUAUUUGCUGGUCCAUAAAAGAGUAAGGAAUGAUACAGUUUGACUGCAAGUGACAUUCUCUAUCAGAUCUACUAAUGCCAUUGUUCAUCUGUGAUGUCAUCCAUAAGCUUGCAGUUGAAAAGAAAUCCUUUGCAGCUGAAACACUGAGUAUUGUGACUGUCUUUAGAAGAAAUGAUGAAAACUUUGUAUCUGUGUGUGCAUACCUGCACAGUCUGAAGUUCCUGUUUAUAUUAAUAAAAGUCCUAUAGGUAUGAUACAGCCAAAAAACCUACUAGAUUUUCCCAGCUGUUCACAAAAAAAAAAUCACAUAAAAUUGAAGUUUUACUUAAUAUUUUUGCUGUGAGAAACAUCCCAUUUCUAAAGAAAUUGUAAUGUAUAUGCAUACAAGAUAUUUUUUCCUAGUGAUUACCUAUUAGAGUUCCUUUUUUGUACUCAGAAAUGAAAACAUUGGUGUUUAUCGAUGUGAAAGUUGCUUCUUUUCUCUGUCCUACCAGUGCAUCUAGCAGACUGAGUUGUCUGCCCUGACAGGUCAAUUGGAAGAUGAGUUAACUCACUCUAAAGUGUGAAAUAAUGAUUUGGGAUGAGGUCUCAAGGAAAUGUGUCCUCAGUGUAUGUGGAGUGUAAAACAAAGCAUGUUAUUCUCAGAAGUAAUAGAACUGUCUUGGUUUUAGAAUUGCUGAGCAGACUGUAUAAAAAUGGAUCCUGUAUCUUGAACAGCAGCCUAGUUCUGUUCCUCAUUUAGUGGAAAGUGAUGUUGCCCUCCUAAAGUUAUGCUAAACACAUAUUCUCACCUACAUAACUCUAAUGUGAGAAUCAACAGAAAGACAGGAUAAUGACAACUACUCUGAUUGUGCUUUUUUUCCUGAAUGAUUUACCAGGGAUGGUCCUUAAGAAUUGUGUUUUAAAAGCCUGACUAAUGUUGAUUGAAAUAACUGAUGUUCGCUGCAAAUUACUGAUUAUAUGUGAAAAUGUUAGUCAGGUUUCUUGUCAGGAUGCCAGCUGAUGAGGGCUUGUUUGUCAAACCACACCAUGGUGCAAACAAGUCUGAGGGUUGCUGGGUCCCUCAUAUGUAUGAUCCCAAUAUUUAUUGUGUUGUGAAUUACUGAAUUAA